AUGUCAACGUCGAAUAGGGAUUCAGAACCUGUAGUGUCAAACGAUGCUUCAGCUCAACUUGAUAUGGUGCAAGCAGAAGUUGUGGCUAGGCUAGCAAGGAAAAGUAAAGCCCAGAUGGGGCCAGAAGGGUCUAUUGGUGAAUCUGAACCAUUUGAAAAAGGAAAAAAUGCCAGCGCAAAAUUUCCUGACCUUUUUGGAAGGCAGGCGGCGUUUGGCUCAAACUUUGCACAUAUCAAAACCUUGAACAAAAAAGCCCCAAGUUGGAAUGCGGAUUUAGAUGCUCUGAUGCUAGAAGAUGUGAAGCGGGCAUUACUGAACAAGGCCUUGUUGUCUGGAGAUUCAGCCUAUAUCCGUUUGGCAAGGCAGGUGGUUUUGGAGAGAGCUUAUGUUGUAAGAGUGGCGGACGAAGAUGGGAAUAAGCGUGAAAUAGCUAGAGUAGCAGUGCAACAUUUUACUAAAUCCAAGAAGCUGAGAUCAGCUUAUCACUUUCGUUCGAAGCAGUCCCAAACUCAGGCCCCUAUCUUUCACUUGACCAGUGUGCCGGUACUACAAUUCGCACAAAUGCAGCCUUACGUACAUCAAACGGGAUUUUACCAGCAGUUUUUGAACCAACUGAUGGUUCUGCAAGGACAGUUCGGAGGUCUUGUGACAGUUUCUCAAACAGUUCAGACAAGUCCCCAAUUCUUGCAAGGUGUUGAUCAGAACUUACAACAUGUUAGUUCAAAUGUUGGGCUGCCAUCACCAAUACGGCAACAAUCUUACCCAUCAAUGUCCUCCUGA